AUGACUGAUUUAAUAAAACAAUUAGAUGGCAUGUUCACAAGAGAACACCUAGAGAAAAAUAAAUACCUUCUAAAAAACUUGGACCCAAAUUUGAAUCUACCAAUAGUGGCACUUCAAAAAGAAUAUUCACUAGCAAAGCAUUCCAUUGAAGAAAUAUUGGGCGCUUUGAAGCAAUGCAAAAAUUGCAAAUUGCAUGAAGGAUAUGUGACUCUCUUGAUACCUCCACACACUAAGAAUAUUAUAAUAAAUGAAAUCAGUUAAACAAAUGCAGAUUUCAAAGCUUACUUGAUUGAGAAAUAUCUGAAGAAUAUUGAGUGCGAAAUUACAUUUGAAGGUGGAUGUUGUAGAGUGACUUUUAAGGAUGAUGAAGUUGGUUUGAAGUUUUUAGAUUAAGCAGUGACUGAUCCUAAAGAUCCAUUGAAGGCAUAUGUGGAACCAGAAAAUGUGUAUUAAUCCCUUACAAAGUCAUUGGGAUUCAACAACCAAGGAUAAUACUUGUACCAAUACAAUAAUCAAAUGUUCUAAAAUCUAUACAUAAGAAAAGCUUCAGAUGAUGCUCAAGUAUAGAAUCAACAUGAAAAGACUGCAAAACCAUACUAUCCUCCAGUUCAAUAAUAGCAAUCGAAUCCAAGAAAGUAAUCAGGUUAGGAACGCAAGGGAAGCGAAUAAGUUGAGCAUUAGGACAAAAAAACAAAGACUCCUACUUCAGGACCCAAAGAAAUUUAUGUUGAAAAAUAAUCACUAGAAAAAUAAGAAAAAAAUAGUGAGAAACCUCCUAAGGUCUAAUAGAGCCCAUAUGUUGAAAAAAAAUCGACUUCAAGAAAGACUUCGGAGCAAAUUCAACCUGCUAAACAUAAAGGAAGCAAAGACAUCCAGGGAUCGCCAAUCAGAAAAGCCACAGUUCAAUACAAGAAGGAGAAUUUAAUUGAGAUAUUUAAAUCGAUUUAAGGAAACUUGAAAGCUAAUCCAAAACUUUCAAAAUUAAGCGAAUAAGAUAGAGCAUUGUUAUUAAGACAAAAUGGUGAAUUAACAUUGGAGGCCAUUCAUCCAACACCAUGUAUUAGAAAGGAAUCAUAUGCUUCGCCUUAAUAACAUAUAAAAUAAUCCCCUGCAUAGAUUCCCUAAAGGAAACCAUAAUAAUGA